AUGGGAGUAGAUGCGCUGUUCAUUGGGCUGGAGGCUACACUGGGUCUGAGUGUCAUUGGUGUGAACCUGUUGGUCUGUGUGACCGUCUACUUACACAGGGAGGUCAGAACACUCACCAACUGUCUCAUUGCGUGCCUGGCGCUAGCGGAUUUGAGCGUGGGUGCUCUUGCAGUGCCCUGCAGCAUCAUGCUGAGCUUAGAUCUGACUCUAUGUUUCAACAGCUGCCUGCUCCUUGCCUGUUGGCCGCUCAUCACCACCCAGUUCUCAGUCUUCGUCCUGCAGACCAUCGCCAUCAACACCCACCUGAAAAUCCGCCAGCCGUGCAGGUACCACAUCCUGGUCACCAAGAGGCGGGUCACCAUGGCCAUCUCCAUUUGCUGGAUCUCGGCACUGAUCAUUGGCUUCACCCCGGUGAUGGGAUGGAACGGCCUGGACACAUCCGUCGAUGCCCCCACGCCCAACGUCAGCCUGGUGGCCGAGAGGUCUCUGCUGGGGGAGAGGGUCUCUCUUCUGGGCUUCUUCCCCCGGCCUUUCCAAGUGGCCAGAGUCGCCAACCUCAGCAGGGCGGGUCCUUGUUCCUUCCGUCGCGUGAUAUCCCUCAACUACCUGGUGUACUUCAUAUUCUUCUGCUGGACCCUGCUGCCCCUCUCGACGAUGCUGGCCGUUUACGCCCACUCCUUCCACCUCGUCCGUCGGUACGUCAGCAACCAGCAGUUCAGGUCGGCCAAGCGCUGCGAUGUCCACACCGCCAGGACCCUUUUCCUGAUGAUGGGCCUCUUCUGCCUCUGUUGGCUGCCCCUCAACCUGGUCAACUGCCUGGCCUUCUUCUGCCCCAGCUGCUGCCCGUCCCCCUGGCUGGUCAACCUGAUGGUGGCGCUUUCCCACCUGAACUCGCUGCUUAAUCCGAUGGUCUACGCGCUGAGGAAGAAGGACUUUGGAACCGCGCUCAAGGCCGUUGUUGUCCAACUCUUGCCGGGUGCCUCCAAAUACAAGUCUUGCCUCGCCAGGUCAAAGGUCAGCCCUGUAUUCCACGUCACGCGCCCGUAG